CCAAAUACCAAAAAUAGUAUGUCCAUAUUCAAUGUAUCCUGUGACAGUUGUGUCACUAUAUAUCAUGUGACAAAUUGCGCCCACCACCUUAAACAACAAGAUUCUCUGCCCACCUUCUCACUUGUCUCAAGAAAUUAUCAUGGGAGAUGUUGAUGAAUCAUUUUUCCAAGAUGCUGCACACAGGCCAAAACUCAGCACAACUGAGGCAGAAAACAUCCCAUUAAUUGAUCUCUCUCCACUUCUAACCAAUGACCCCUCAGAUACUUCUUCAGCAGUAACAAAUCUUGUAGCAGAAAUUGGUGAUGCAUGUAAGAACUGGGGUUUUUUCCAAGUGAUUAACCAUGGUGUUCCAUCGGCGUGUCGCGAAAAAAUAGAAAGAGCAUCAAGGGAAUUCUUCUUGCAGCCUACUGAGGAGAAGAGGAAAGUGAGCAGAGAUGAAAAUAAUCCUUUGGGGUUUUAUGAUACAGAACAUACUAAAAAUGUUAGGGAUUGGAAAGAAGUUUUUGAUUUUGUUGUUGAGAAUCCAACCAUUUUGCCUGCUUCUCAUGAACCACAUGAUAUGGAACUCAUGGAACUGACCAAUCAAUGGCCUGAUUUCCCUACUAAUUUCGGGGAGGCAUGUGAAGAAUACGCUCGAGAUGUUGAGAAACUUUCCUACAAGUUGCUAGAAUUAAUUGCUCUAAGCUUAGGCUUAUCAUCCAAAAGGCUUAGUGGCUACUUCAAAGACCAAACAACUUUUAUGCGAUUAAAUUACUAUCCACUAUGCCCAGUUCGUCAUUUGGCUUUGGGGGUUGGCCGGCACAAGGAUUCACUCGCCUUGACUGUCCUUGCUCAAGAUGAUGUUGGAGGCCUAGAGGUGAAACGCAAGACAGAUGGAGAAUGGAUACAAGUUAAACCGACUCCAGAUGCUUAUAUUGUCAAUGUUGGUGACAUAAUUCAGGUUUGGAGCAAUGACAGAUACGAAAGUGUGGAACAUAGGGUGGUAGCGAGCUCCAAGAAAGAGAGAUUUUCGAUUCCAUUUUUCUUCGGCCCAUCUCACUAUGUAAUGGUUGAGCCUUUGGAGGAACUGAUCAGUGAAGAAAGACCUGCAAAAUACAAGGCUUACAACUGGGGCAAAUUUAACACCACAAGAAACCUUAGUAAUUUCAAGAAACUUAAUGUUGAGAACAUUCAAAUAGAUCACUUUAGAAUUGGUGACUUGUAAUGAGAAAAUGUAGUCUAUGAGAACUUGAUUAAUCUUGUACUAUUAAGCUGUUGUUUUCAGCUGAAGAGAAAUAAAGUUGUGGCCUUUCUUUUAAA